AUGGGAAGACAAGGAAAAUGGGCAGUGCUAGACCACAUGAAGAGGGCUAUCAAGAAAUUAAACUUUCUACUAAGCUUUAACCUGCGAAACUGGCGCAUAGCUUCUAUACUCGGUAAUGCAUCGAAGCGGCCGCAACGGCGGUUGAAGAGCUUUAACGAUACGGUGGGUUUGCACGGUUGCAUUGAAGAUGUAGAAAUGUCCGACCGAAACCGAACUCUACAAAGAACGAGAAGCUGUGCUUCUGAUGAAGAUAUCGACCAGAGGGCUGAGGUUUUUAUAGCUAAUUUUCGCAGGCAACUUUUGCUAGAAAGACAGGUUUCUUUGCAAAUCCGGUAUAACAGAGGGAAUAGUUUUACCAGGGAUUACUAA